GUAUCGGUAUCCGAUAAUGUCUUUGUAAGUAUCUGUGUUUCAUAGGUUACAAAAUUGAUUUUUUUUUAUACAAAAGAAAAUGAUACUUCACCAAGCUUGGAUGGAUUUCAUUCACAGACUUCCCGAAAGGAUAAGAUCCUGAAACCAAUGCCGAUCCUUAAUUUUCCUCAAUCUUCCAAUUUUCUUUAAUUUCUUCUUGCACAGCCAUGGCCGAAACCCAUAUUGACAGUCCCUAAUAAACCCCAUUACUUCCAAACAAAGAGAGAGAGAGAGACAAUGGAGUUUGACCUUCUGAAUCGUCCACAUCAACACCCAUUAUUCUUCAACGAAGACGGAAGAAAAAUCAGUGGAGAAGUAGCUUACUGCUCCCGUUGCCGUCAACCACUCCGGCCGCCGGCGUUCACCUGCUCCGACUCCGACUGCAACUUCCACAUCCAUCAAUCAUGCCUCCACCUUCCUCCUCAAAUCCACUCCCCUUUCCACCCUUUCCACCCUCUUCUUCUAAAAACCAACAACCAUUUCUGUACCGUCUGCUGGCAAAUGCCUUCCGGCCACGUUUACCGAUGCCGUAAAUGCAAUUUUCAAAUCGACAUCAAAUGCGUCCUCACCGAUACCAAAUCCAGUGGCUUACGCCAUAUCUCCGGCGAUCAGUUUCGACAUUUCAGCCACCGACAUCCAUUAACUCUUCAACUAGAAGAAAACAGAGAAAACGGAGGAAAAAACAGAUUGGUUUGUUUUGUGUGUGAUUUGGUUAUAAAAUCAACCCCUUUUUACUUUUGCUCUCAAUGUGACACUCAUUUCCAUCAACGAUGCGCGGAAUUACCACGUCAGUUGUACGAUGUUCAAUUUCAUCAACACCCUUUAUUUCUUCUUCCCAAUCUUAGCUUCGCUAAUUUCCUCUGUGAUAGCUGCAAUAACAACUGUAGAAAGUUUGUUUAUAGUUGUCCUCAUCCUCGCCACUGUAAAUUCAAUCUCCAUGUAGCUUGUUUACAAUCUUUCAAUCACGAACAUAACUUUUCCACGUUUCGGAAUGCAAUGGAUUCUUUUGAUUGUCGAGUUUGUGGUAAGAAAGGUAAUGGAUUCCCUUGGUUUUGUGAGAUUUGCCAUGUUUUAGCUCAUAGAAAAUGUGCUAAAUCGCCAUUAACACUAAGGACAUUUGGACACCAUUUUCAUGAUCUUACCCUCACUUACUUCCGUGAUAAUAUCCGGAAUCAAAUUCGUUAUUGUAAGAUCUGCGGUGAGAAAUUAGAGAUGAAAUUUGCUGGGUAUGGUUGUUACGAAUGCAAUUACUUUACCCAUUUGGAUUGUGCCGAAACUCAACGUCUCGAUCCACAAUCCACACCCAUGGUUGAUUCGACAAAGGAUUAUUCUUCUACCCAAAAUGAAGAACAGGACAAUGAGAUUCGAUGUUCUGUUCACUCCCAUAACUUGAAUUUCUUCCUCCCUGAAGAGAUUGGGGGAAAAGGAUAUAGAAUUUGUGAUGGGUGUUUAAAGGGUCUGUUAAGUUCAUCUUAUGGUUGUCCACAAUGUGAUUUCUUUGUCCACAAAGAAUGCGCUAAAUUGCCGAAAACCAAAACCCAUUUCCUUCAUCAGCACUUGCUUACUCUCAUCUCAAUCCCGAAUUUCAUCUUCCAUUGCGAAGCUUGUCGCGAAUACUUCCAUGGCUUCGCCUACCACUGUAAAAGCUGUCUCUCGACAUUCGACAUUCGUUGCACUUCAAUUAAAAUCCCAUUUAAACACCCGGGCCACCAACAUCCCCUGUCUAUUGACAGAACAAAUGAAGAACACAAUUGUGAAGCUUGUGGGGCAGGGGUGAAGAACAGAGUAUCGUUCCGAUGUGUCAGCUGCAACUUUUAUUUGGAUGCGAAAUGUGCGACGCUACCACUUACAGUAAGAUACAGAUUCGAUAAGCAUCCGUUGAAUUUGACAUUUGUAGAGGAAGAGGGAGUAGAUGAAUAUUACUGCGAUGUUUGUGAAGAAGAAAGAGAGCCGUGGCUGUGGUCUUAUAGCUGCCGAACGUGCAGUUUUGUGGCGCAUUUGAGUUGUGUUGUUGGAGAGUUUCCGUUUGUGAAAUCAAAGAUUCAUGAAGCUCAUAGGCAUCCGUUGAGUAUGGUAAUGAAAGGGAAGGAACAAAAGAAUUGUGGGAGUUGCAGUGAAUCAUGUGAUGAAAAUUUGGCGUUUCAAUGUGGAACUUGCAAGUUUAAUGUCCAUGCAAUUGGACGUUGUUACCAGCAGCAGCUAAAACAGGGGAAGCUUGCUUAUACAGAGCGGAAUUUUUACUCUCGUGGAGUUGAACUCUAUGAACAACCAACUAUAUACUGCCCUGUUCGUGUACCAUUGAGACCGUAUGGAGGUAAAGGGGGGAAUCCAUGGGAAGAAAAGGUUUUCUCAACAAUUAGGGCAUUUGUUGUGUAUCAUCAAGAAUGUGUCCAUGCCAUUCAAAUUUAUUAUGAGAAGAAUGGGAAGGCUGUUUGGUCGGCUAAGCAUGGCGGAGAUGGUGGAACCAAAUAUGAGGUUGCCUUUGAUUAUCCAGAUGAGUAUCUUGUUUCGAUUCAUGGCUCAUAUAGUAAUGUAAUGGAACUUGAGAGAGUUAUUAUUGAAUCGUUGACACUAGAAACCAACCUAAGAAUUUAUGGGCCGUUUGGAAUUGAAAAUGGAACAAAAUUUUCAAUCCCAACCAGGAGAGUGAAGAUUAUUGGUAUCCAUGGAAAAUGUAGUUCAUAUCUUGAUUCAAUUGGACUCCUUACUCUAUCAACACAAGAAUAAUAUCAUGCUUUUUUACUGGUGCCAAA